GGACAAAUGAUUUGUGGAAUUUUGUACAUCUCAGGCGAAUGUGAGUAUUAGAUAAAUCCUCCUUUAAUUAAAAACGGAAUUAUAGGCUCAACGUGAAACAAAUUCAGACAAUAUAUAGAACAGCUUUUGUUGGGUUUACAUUCAGCGCAGAAAAAUCUUCGAUAAUUCGGUUUUCUUUUCUCCCUGAGGAGUAAUUUCCUCAGAUGUAAAAAAACUGUUGAAAGUCUCGAGAAACAUAUAAUGAAAUACAUAGGAAAUAACUGCCUGUUUGUCGGUGUAAGGGAUCCAAUCGUGUCUGUUUUCCUCAGCAAGGGACUUCAACCGCGUUGACCAACUGCAGUUCAUGAUUCGCUUCACCUGUUUUGAAUGGGAAUAUAAAAUGCGUCACAAGCAAUUUUUUUAACGACACAACCGUUUAAAAAUUUGAUCUACAGUCCUGUCGCUGGCUAAUAUGUUUAUUCUGUCAUUCAGAUCCACAUUCCCAAUGCCAUCCUGCAUUACUAGAGGAGAAUUCCUUCAAAAGGUAAUUGAGCUUUCUGCAAACAGUUAAUCUUCCUGAAUUCAAGAUAUCACUCAUAUAGAGGUGAGUUGAAUCAGAGAUCUUUGAUUUCAUAAUCUUUUUAUUUUUUUAGGCUGUUAGCCUUUUCCAUUUCUAGCUGCGAUUAGCUUUAGGAACGUUGUUUUGUCUCAAACACAUUUAAUUUGCAUUUUAAGGUUAGAUUGCACACGAUACAUGUACAGCCAUCAACUCACCGAAAAUGCCACAAAUUCAAAAAUUAAGUAGCAACUUUAAGUGUUAAUUUUUCAUCAUUCUUACUGAGUAUAAAAAAAAGGAAAAAAAAAAAAGGAAAAAAAAAACCAAGAGGAAAAAUUGAUGAGAAAAAAGAAACGCUUAGUUUGCGGUGAUUUCAAGUACUCUGAAGAAUAAUCUUUUGUUCUACGGCUCUUCGUUUUGUAUGAAUAUUCUAGUAAGCAUUCUGUAUAAAUUUUAUUUUGAAACAAAAUAGCAUAAAGUAUUAAGCCAUAAAAUCCACUGAUGAGGUAUCAAUAAGCUAGCGCUCGUCGAGAUUAGCGAAAAGCUUGAACGAACACAAACUUUCAUGUCAAUUUCAAGGGGAUAUACAAAGGGUGCAUUUGAUGAUUGUUAUCUUUACGUGAUAAAAACAUUCAGUAAAGAAGGUAUUUUGGUUAUCAUCAUUUACAUAUUUUUUUCAUCUGCAGUUCAGGGAAAAAAAUGGUAAAAAGUUUUCUCUUGAAAGUAAACAUAGAGACAAAUUAAUGGCUUGCCCAGGAACAAUUGACUUGACCUAAUUUUUUUUUAGAUUCAUUUUAAAACUCGUAUUACUGUUUCAUAUUAGUCGUGCUGAGGAUGCUAGUGAGUCAUUAUUAAUUCAAGUUGUGGUGAGCCGCACGCUGUUAUUCUUGUGAAACUUUUCUUAAAUGCAAGAUGUUAGAAAAUAAACCACGACAAAUAUCUUGAAAUAAGUACAAUUUAAUUUUGAAUCCAGGCAGAAAGGUGAAUUCUGAAUAUUCACGACAUAAAAAAAAAAUGCAAUAGUAACAUAAAUAAAUUUUUUGUCAUAACUAUAGGUCUGAAUUCAGUUUGAAGUGGGGUACAAUUUUUUUUCGUUAUGUAACACUUGCAGUUUUAUUCCGACUGAUGAAAGCUAAAAAUGAGUGCCUACAAACUCUUUAACGGAAACAAAAGUAUGAUUUUGACUCAACUAGGAGUUUUGGUUUAGAACCAAAGGGAGUGUGGAUGGUGCGGGUAAAUUUUAGGAUAAUUGUACAGAGAAAAGGGGCAGGGGAUAUCCAGACCAAAUAAGGAGAAAGGGGUGUUGGAGGCUAUUUUAAGAUAGUCUCAUCAUUGCUAUCAUCGAAGGCAAAAAAACCAUCAGAUAAAGAAGCGAAGCAGACAACAACAACAAAAACAUAAGCAACAACCAAAAACGACGACUUCUUUAAAUUAAAAGUUUUUAAAAAUGCAUGAAGUGCUUUAAAUAUUACCUAAACACUCAGCGAAUCUUUGGGUGUUGAAUACUAUCUCACCUCACGACUGCUCGGGAAUAAAAACACUUAAUGAGCAGGCUUGUCUUCUUUCCGACUCAUAUUCCUUCAGCUCCUAUGCUGUGGAAAUAGGCACCAGUUUCAUUCAUCAGAGGAAGACUACCAUUGAAAGGAUAAACUUUUUAUUCCCAAAUAAAAUUCAUAUUUAAAGAGAAGUUUUGGCUAAAAAAAGUCUCUAGAUUCGCAAGUAAUCGAAAUGUUCGAAAUUUGACUUUCAAAUGCAAGGAAAUACGAAAGGAAGAAAGAGAAAAAUGGCCAUAGUGCCAUCCUAAUAAUAACAAUGUUGGUAACAAAUUUUUUAAAGGUAUACCUUACUCUUUCAAUGUACGUGUAUUUAAUAGCAAUAAUGCACAUUGACAUGCUACAUGUUUUAUAUUAAAAUACAGAUGAAUAAUUAUAACAAUCACUAAAAAUAGUUACAAAAAUAAUGAUAAAAUCCUUAAAAAAUCGAAAAAUACUUUAACCUGUCAAAUAAAAAUAUUAACAAUAAUGAUACUGAUGAUGAUGAUAAUAAUAACAAUAAGGGGGAAAAGGUAAAAUGCUGCGUAGAUCCACGAGUGACUUAUUUUUAAAUUAAAAGAAUCAUACAAACAAUUGUAAUAUCAUAUCAUCGAUUAUAGUAUCAUAAUGAUGGCAAUAAUUGUAAAGAUAAUAAUUAUGACUUAACAAUAGUAAUAGUAUUUAUAACAAUAACAAUUACAAUGAUGAUGAUGAUAACAAUGAUAAUAAUUAUAAUAAUAAUAAUAAUAAUAAUAAUAAUAAUGGGUGAGAGAAGAAUGAUAUGGUCUCUUGAACACAAUUCGCUUUUGAACAGCGUGCCUGUACUCGCUGCCUACGCCACUAGAUAAAAGAAAACUACCGUCAAAGAUGCAUUUUUUUCUGGAACGCUUAUUCUUACCACUUCUAAAAUGUUUCAUGUUUCACUAAAGGAGAGAGAAAUAUUCUUUCCGUAACAAGCAACAAAUUGGAGCUCAGAAUAAACCUUACAGGAUACUUCCAUUUCGGGAAGUAAUUUUUCCUAAAAAUUUUUAGCACACCCAAGCAACGCAACUUUUUGUUUGUAAACGCGAAUGUCAGUAUGCCUCAUAAAAUUAAUUCUUAUUCAAAUAAAGAUAUAGCAAGGCUAAGGUUUUGUGUGAACAAAGCAAGAAAAAAACCAUGGGUUGUGUUUGAUUGCACCGAACAUUGUACCAGUUUAUUAGAUUGACACAUAGUUUCUCAUAGUGCGUUUGAAAAGUCCUUCUAAGAGUUUGAUAGGUACUACGAUAAAGACUCAGAUAAUUUGAAAUAGACAAUAUAUUUUCAGUCGCUUAAAUUGAAUACAUUUCCCAAAAACUUAGAGAUGUUUUGGUUGUGUUUACUUUGUAAAAUAAAUACGAUAAAAUGUAGUUGUUAUUAAAAAAAAUUAUAGUCAUUUCUUUGUAAUUGAUUUGUUGAACAACUGACGAAAUUAAGACGCCUAGCUUUUUCUACAGACAUACACCUAGUAUAUUUUGAGUUAUUUCCUAAGCAUGAAGUGAAAACACAACAUCAUGGUGUUCGACUCCCGAAAAUAUCGGAAGGAUAGUUACAAUUAACGAAUUAAUUAGCAUUUACAUUACCGACCGUAAUAAUACCGGGGAAGCAGAAUCGACAGAUUGAAUUUGUUCACAUAAAAUCUAUCUUCACACAUUCUAAAGACAUUUUGCAUUAAAAAUAAAAUUCAGACAGAAAUAGAAGCAAUUCAUUUGAAAACCUAAAUACAGAAGCAAUAUAGAGAAAUUAGAAACCAAUGCAGCGAAUUCAUCUCAAGAACCAAUACUGUAAGCUUUUAGCAAUUAAAAGAACCUGCCAUUAGGUAAAUGAAUUAAAAUUCGAAAUGGACAUCUCCAUCAUUGACGUAAGAGCAGAAGGUUGACUGCAUUGUUAAUUAUACCGUGAGUGCCAAGUCGCUUUUUAUUUUUCAUAGUAGAGCACUUCCACGUCGAAGCUUUCGCCGUUUGAAUCGCGAACGCCAUACCUGAGCCAGGAGAAUUGAUCUCGAACGGUUAGUAUAUAAUGACUAUUGUUAAAUUUAUAUAGGUUGCGAAAAAGUGAUUUUUUUUUUGGACAAACAUUUCGAAGGAAAUAGGAAAGAAAAAUAGAAAAAGCGAGGACAAUGGGUCUGUAACAUUUCACUUAACUCUUUUUCAUAUUUAUAUCUUGCAACAGUGAUCAAUCUAGCAUUAUACAGAAACACUUGAGGUGAUGCUGAUUUUAAAUCUGUACUUCAAGGGACUACUUUUCACGCGCCUUUAUCCUUUCAUCAACAACAGCAGAGUGAUACGUUACGCAAUUUUUGAAGCCAAAAUAAUAUCAUAAAAAAACAAAAUCUAGGUAACAAGAUUGCUCAUUUUUUCAAAACAAUUGCAAAUUCUUGUAACACAUUUUUUCUGAGAAAUGUUGCGUUAAAAAUCACCAAUCUCGAUUUUUAGGGCGACAAUGUGUUGUUGAAAAUCGGCUCUAGAAAUAAUUCAUUACUCUCAAAGGUACCGGCAAUUUACUUGCGUUUGUAUUGAGUGCACAAUUUGUCUGACGGUUUGUAUUUGAGACCCCUAGGCUUGCUUCCAUCAGACCCCAGGAGCGGCGGUAGAAAUAAUUAGUAGACAGAAGUCAAAGUCAGGCAAAGAAAAUGAAUCAGCUUUUACUAAUUUGUUCUGCUGACAUUCGAUGUUUCAUUUCAAAUCGCUCUUUUACAUGACUUGACAAUCUCGAAGAGACUGCUUAAUAUAGCAACUUUAGGUCUCUUUUAUUGCUAACGAACUGACCUGAUUUUCAACGCUAUCUCACCGCCGGUUAAUAUUAGAAAGCGGAAUGGUACCUGAUUAUACAUUGAUUUUCAUACCAGUGGAAGAGCGGUUUAGGAAAGAGAACUCUAUGUUCAAGGGCCUUUCAAUUAAAAAGUGAAGUUAAGGCCACGAAGAGAUUUAAAAGAAACAGAAGAGGCUAAAACUUUGCAGCAAAUUUCCAUUGGUUUCCUUCGGAACAAAAUUGUAAAAUAUAUGUAAUUCAAUGGGAAGUAAAAAAAGGAUUGAAGGCAUUAGGCUCGGAAAAAUUUGAAUGAAAUAAACCGAAGAUUCAAUGUUUUUCCUUUUUGUUUUGUUAUUGAAGGUAACGAAAGAGACCCUGUAUUUGAUUAUAAUGUUUGACAAAGGAUAGUUUAAAAUUUAUUUAUGAAUAAUUCAUUUGAUGGACAAUGAUUAUUUUACAGUUCAACGCAACCGCCCCAAAAGCUGACAAUAAGCAAAGUAUGUCGUUAAGUGCAUCAGGGAGUCUUGUUAAUCUGCUACGUGAAUUAAUCGAUGAACUGAAAUGUUAUUGUUAUUUAUUUUUCAUGAUCUAUAUAAUUAAAUUUAAUGUAACACUCCAGUGUAAUCCUUCCGAUAGCUUGACCUCUCGAUUGGCAAAGGUGAAGUGUCCGGCAUGCACUGGGGGCUUUCAUGAAUCACGCUUAUGUAGAUGUACAACUAUGUUAUGUAACUAGAUACAAAAGUUGUGCUUGGUUAGCUCACGUUGUGCGGGAUGUCGCGUGUUCAAGCCCCAGACAGAACUCAGGGUCUUAAAGUAACUGAAAACAACGGUAAAUGGUUAUAAAUUCUAGUCUUCUCGGAUAAAAACGAUAAGCCGUCUCCUGUCUCUUCUCUGUACUGGUUAGGUCCCGGUGUUGUGGCCUGGCCUUGUCAUUGUUUACAAAGGCCCCCAUUUAAACAACCUCUGAGCGGCCAGCCUGUCUAAAUAUCGCAAACACAUACACUUACCAAUAACAGGUUACGAGGUGGGUAAGGAUAAUUAUGUCAUCCAAAAUGACCUACAUCUAGCAUUUCACUAAAAUAAAUGAUGUUAACUAUGUGUGACCUUAAUGAAAUCAACAAUUCACUUGAAAAUUUAAUUAGCUCUCCCCAUGAAUGAUGAGAAACGGCAAUUGCAAACAGAACUUUUUAGAAAUCCUGCUAAUGAUGUCGUCAUAUCUCCAAAUCUUAGUUGUCCUUUUGCCUUGGGUUCACUUCAUGGCAGUUCAAAAGUAUUAUUUGUAGAACUGUCAACGGCGCUGUUUCGUAUGUUCUAUAACAUCAAGGAUUUUUGUACAUUUUGUGCUGUCUGCCAAUCAUUAAAAGUAAACUGUCUUCGUAAAGUUAACCUCCAUACAAGGAUAGGACGCAUGAAAUCGAGGUUUGAUGUCAAAAAAACGACUUUGGACUUUUAGUGGUAUAAAUCCACUCUAUUUCCUUAAAUUCUAUUCGUUUAUUGCAAAUAUUAUAUUUCCUAGUGAGGAAAAAGAGGAUAAAUGAUAAAAAAAAAAUGACGAGAGCGUGAUCAUGACUUUGAAAGGCGAGGGAUGGAAAAUGAUUAUCAAAAUAUGGUGAGGAGGUAUAAGAAAUCAAGAGUUUGAAUCGAGUUUGUAACUUGAAAAUAAUCUUUCUAUUUAAUGAAAUGAGACAAUGUUUAAAUUCGGAAAGGAAGUUUUUAAAGAAAAGGGUUGUCAACAAAAACCUUUUUAUUACCAAAUUAACUGCGUUCAUCUGAAAUGAUUAGAUAAAAACAAAGAACCUGUCUGUUUGCAGCACGACAUUUUCGCAUCACAAAGGUAGCAGUUCCUCUGUCAUCUUGAAGAGAAAUAUGAUGAAAUUGAUCAUAAUGAUCAAAUGAAAUGAAUGAAAAAGAAAGCUUGUUAGACGCUUUAAAUUUGCGCCAAGCUUGAAACCUUAUCAACAAUGCAUGGUAUAACCUCAUUUCGUCUUGUUUAAUUUAAGUUAUUCGUGAAAUAAUUAAAAAAAGCCAACAAGUGCCUUUUUUCUAGUGACUCUUGACACUUGGAAACUAAGACACUGCAACAAAUUGGGAUGGAUGAACUCAAAAACUGCAUUUAUAUUUUGAUGGUAACAACAUUUCAUUCAUUUUAUGGAAAGUUAUAUCAAAAGAAACAAAUCAUGAAGUUGUCCAAAUAAUUCUUUUUACAGUCUAAGCCAUGCAACAGUCUCUUUGACGAUCAAAACAAGAAGCGAAAAAUUGAAAUAGAUAUUUCUUGGUCAUCGACUUUAUUGAGUUUUUAUUGAGUUUUUGAUAAUAUGAUUUCUCGUAAGAAAAAAAGAAAAUUCUUUCAGUUCACUCUCUCUGUUGCGGACGAAAGAUUAUUGAUUUUGGACGCAGAGAAUUUCGAAAAGUUGUUCUCUGAUUCUGUAAAAGUUUUACCAAUGAACAAUACCAUUUUCAUGACUGCUCUUCCGGUUUUUAUGUCUCUUUUCGGAUAUGCAAAUGAUUUUCAAAACUCUUCUUUUUUUCUGUCAAUGGUUCUGGACUUCUUAUACUUUUUUUGACGCUUUCACUAAUUAGAAUGAUUUAUUAAUUCCCUGCAGAGUUGGCAAGGUUGUUUACACACUUAGUAUUUCCUCUUUAGACAAAUCGAUUGUGGGCAAGGUUCCAGUCUGUCGGUGAGAAACCGACUUUACUUUACAUGGGUAAAUCUACAAAUUUUAAUUCUCAUUACCGCUGCAAAAUAGAUGAAAGACCCUUCUCCGCUUCCCGCAUGGAAGUGAAGCCUUUCCAUUCGCUUCAGGUCCUUCAGGGACGUUAUUGAAAGGGUCAACUCCUGCAUGUGCAAUUUUGCAGAGUACGGACAUUCGAAGGUAAUUAUGACUGUAAAAGGAUAUUACCUUUGAGAUAAAAUCAAUAUUUUGGACGUUAGGUUUCCAGAAUCGACAACCCAGUAGUGUUUCAACCACUAGAAAAAGAGAGAUCUCAAUCUUUCUUGAGACGGGCAAAGUUUAAAUUUUGCUAUCCAUAUUGCUUUUAUGAAAGUAUUCUUGAAUUUACUUGUCGAAAGUCCUUGCCCGAAGGCCUUAGCAAAACUGACAUGUAAUUUCAUACCUACAUGUGAUUUCAUACCUUCUUUCCAUUUUCAUCGAUCAUUCGGCAUGAAACUUCAAAAAUAUGGACGAAAAAGAUCUAGUAAAAUAAGGAAACAAGGAUUAUCGCAGAGGAAGAGAAAGACUUAUGGUUCUCACUAAUUCUCCUAAUUAAUAUUCAAUUCACGUAGUUUGUCUUCUGCUCCAAGUACUCUUGUCAUGAUGCUCUCCACAUCUGCUCUAGAUACUUUAAAUUGAAAUUUUUUCACAAAAUGUUUUAAGCACUUGAUUGAGAUACUUUGCAUCAUGUUGUUUUUUUUGCCAAGAUUAAGGGGUUUCCUUUUAAAAUCAUCGACACAAUUUGCCAUAUGAGCGAGGUGACCUGUUUUUGACUGAGAGCAGGCUUUUAGCUCAAUUGCUUUACGAAAAAUUGACAAUUCUGAUCACUUAAGGUGAGAGCAAUAUUGGUUUGUGUUUGCAAAGAGUUAACAGUCAAUUUAUUAUUCUAAAUUAUUGCCUCGCGGAGUUGGAAAAGAUGUAUGAUUGACGUAGGGAUCGCAUGAAUCUAUGAAAUAUAAUUUCGUCGGUAAAAUCUAAACUAUAUUUGUGUCACUAUUUCGAUGAAAUUAAGAGAAAAAUGUUUUCAAAAUAAAAUUGCACGAUAUUCAUUUGGAUUCUGUAAGUUGUUAUGAUUGUCUUUGUUAAGUGCACAAAUAAGCUAGUUGGUGGCAAGUAUCUCGAUUAAAUCAAGUGAAUCAAGUACCUUUAGUGUGCCGGCGCAGCGGCUAGUUACUGAACCAGAUGUCGAAGAAGCAAGGCAAAAAGUUUGGGAAAAUGAGAAGAAAAUGUAAAUAGAAGAAAGAAACAAAAAUAAAACCAAACUAAGAAUCAUAAAGGAAAUAAAAAAGCAAAAACAAACAACUACAGGAAACAUAACAGAAAACAAAAAUUUAGGGAGUUACAUCGUGGUGUUAUAUACCACUCUUUGAAACAAAGGACUUUAAAGAAAGGUACCCUACAAACAUCACGAGAGUGAACAAUUGCUUGAUUCUAGUAAUCUUGAUUACUUCGAUUGUUUGCUGCUUCGCUAAAGGGAUGCUUUUAAUUCGCAAGCUAUUCCUGAAUUUGAACGUGCUGACUAACACAUUACCAAGGGUCUUUGUUUGACGCCAUAUGUUAGUUCAUCCAACUCUGUUUGGUCUUGUCGCUAUCUUAGAGUAAUCAUCAUUCUCUUGGUAAACCAAAUUGUUUUUAAUUUUUAUUCUUAUUUUUUUUACCAAUUUAGUUUGUCUUAUUUUAUAUGUUCACGUCCUUUUAAACAUUCAAAACUACCUCAGCCUAAAUAGGCAAAGGGAGAUGUUAAUCAUGAACGUAAUUAUGGACCUUGUAAUUGGACUUACUAAGUGGGGAAUUCGAAGGUCUGGCAUCGAUUACUUGCGAGAGACUCUUUUUUUUCUUUGUCCCACGCUCGCGACAAUAGGAAUAACAGUUUUCUUCAUACUUCCAGCUUUUCGUAAAACCUUGUCAUAUCAAAAAGGGGUAAGACUGGAAAAUCAAACGGAGACAAGUAUGACUCUAGAUGGAGAUCAUGAGAAAAAUUACGCUUAAGUUGUUCAGCCGCAUAAUCCAUCUCUUACUACUUUAUGAGUUUAGAUCGAGAAUAAUUAGUGGCGGCCGAGUUUAUUUUACGUUUAUAACUGCUGCUUUGUUUUUACUUCUACAGCUCUAGCGACAACGAGUAAAGACCGAAGAAGCUACUCUUUGGGAUUCACUGAAACCGGUUAACCUUCGUUUACGAAACUCCGCAUUUUGGAAUACCAUUGAGGACCAGCAAUGGGGACGAGAUGGAACAAUUCUUUGGCUGAGAAAGAAAUGACAAUGACAAACUUAUCAACAUCUAAAGGCCCUAAUAGUAUUGAGGUAACACAAGCGUCCAACUCGAUGUCCUCUGAACUGAGAAUAAUAACUCUCACGCUCUAUGCGGUUAUAUUUCUUGUAAGUGCAGUGGGAAAUUCUUUAGUUUGCACGGUGAUUUUACGACGGAAAAAGAUGAAAACUGUGACGAACUAUUUCGUAUUAAAUCUGGCGAUUGCAGACUUGACUUUCACUUGCAUUUGUAUUCCUUUUGACAUUCCUGUACAAGAAAUGAACUACCGAUGGCCCUACGGAGCAUUUCUUUGUAAACUGUUAUAUCCCCUUCAAACACUCACACUAUUUGCGUCUGUUUACACACUGACAGCCGUCAGUUUGUCGCGAUUCUGGGCAAUAAACCACCCUCUCCGUCGACAGCUUUCGACCAGAAGCGCGAAAUUCAUAAUUGUGGGAAUAUGGAUUGCUUCCCUCGUAGCUGUCACGCCAUACAUCAGUGUUUCCGAGAAAAACGGUGAGUCCGGGAAAUGUGAUGAGGAAUGGCCGAGCAAAAGCGCACGAAAAACGUACACGGUUACGUUGUUUGUGUUUGAAUAUAUAUUUCCGUUGACAGUAAUUGCAGGCGCGUACAUAAGCAUUGGCCGAGAGCUUGCCCGUCGCGCUAGGAAUGGUAACCGUUACUUGCAAGACCUCCAAUCCGAGGAGGCGAAGAAAGUUGUGCGCAUGCUCAAGAUAGUAACCCUUAUGUUUGCUGUAUGUGUUUUGCCAAAUAAUAUUCUGUGGUUGUGGUUGGACUUUGGCGGAGCAGAUGAAAAAUACGACAGAUUCUGGGAUUUAGUGGCGCUUGGUAACAUAAUAACGUUUGCAAACAGCGCGGCUAACCCAAUUUGCUACACGAUUCUGAAUGAAAGCUACCGCAAUGAGUUCAAGGAUCACCUCAUGAAGAUGUUCAACAAGAUCAUAGGAAAGCCAUCUGGAGGACGAAGGGAACUUCUGCGAAUGAAUGAUAACGGCGAUAGUCAACGAAAGUUACGAACUGCUACAAUGAGUUCCGCUUUCUAA